GCCAGCGAAGCCGCUUUGGGCGCCUGCGCAGACGGAAAGGGCUCGCGUUGCUAAGGAGGAAGAAGGCCCUUAGUUACCGCGCGUUGCUGCUGCUCCGCGGUUGGAGGGGACGGGGAAAGGAUGGUGGCGACCCCGCAGGUAACUAUGGAAGGAGAACUUCGUAAUAUAAUCGUCUUCAAUGCUUCUAAAAAGGAAAUUUUUACUAUGAACAAUGGUUAUAGGAUUCUACAAAAAAAGCUUCGAAGCAACUGGAAGAUACAGAGUUUAAAAGAUGAAAUAACUUCAGAGAAGCUGACCGGAGUAAAACUCUGGAUUACAUCAGGACCUAGGGAAAAGUUCACAGCUGCUGAAUUUGAGGUUUUGAAGAAGUAUCUAGAAAGUGGUGGGGAUAUCCUGGUGAUGCUGGGAGAAGGUGGUGAAUCUCGAUAUGACACCAACAUCAACUUUUUAUUGGAAGAAUAUGGGAUCAUGGUCAAUAAUGACUCUGUGGUGAGAAAUGUGUAUUAUAAAUACUUCCAUCCUAAAGAAGCUUUGGUCUCCAAUGGAGUUUUAAAUCGGGAAAUCAGUAGAGCUGCUGGAAAAACAGUGUCUGGGAUAAUAGAUGAAGACAACAGUGGAAAUGAUUCACAGGCUCUCACUUUUGUGUAUCCAUUUGGUGCUACACUUAAUGUGAUGAAACCAGCAGUGGCUGUUCUGUCCACGGGAUCUGUCUGCUUUCCUCUUAAUAGACCCAUCUUGGCUUUUUAUCACUUUAAGAAUCAAGGUGGCAAGUUAGCUGUAUUAGGAUCUUGUCAUAUGUUCAGUGACCAAUAUUUGGAAAAAGAGGAAAACAGCAAGAUUAUGGAUGUACUGUUCCAGUGGCUUACAACAAGCGACAUCCAUUUAAACCAGAUUGAUGCAGAAGAUCCCGAGAUAUCUGAUUAUACGAUGCUUCCAGAUAUAGCAACCCUGUCAGAGCGACUGCGAGUUUGCCUGCAGGAGGGAGAUGAAAAUCCACGAGACUUCACAACACUUUUUGACAUGUCUAUUUACCAGCUGGAUACCACUGCACUUCCGAAAAUCAUCAAGUCUUAUGAGCAGCUGAAUGUGAAAUACGAACCGCUCCAACUAAUUCAGCCUCAGUUUGAAACUCCGUUGCCUGCACUUCAGCCAGCUGUUUUUCCACCGGCCUUCAGAGAGCUGCCUCCUCCCAGCCUGGACCUGUUUGAUUUGGAUGAAACUUUCUCUUCUGAGAAAGCUCGCCUUGCUCAAAUAACAAACAAAUGCACUGAAGAUGAUCUGGAAUUCUAUGUCAGAAAAUGUGGGGACAUCCUAGGGGUAACUAACAAACUACCAAAGGAGCAGCAAGAUGCCAAACAUAUCCUGGAGCACAUUUUCUUCCAAGUGGUGGAGUUCAAGAAGUUAAAUCAGGAGCACGAUAUUGAUACAAGUGAAGCUGGAUUCCAGGGUGGCUUUUGAAUAUUUGAAAGGAAAUUUGAUGGCACAGGGAAGGAUAAUAGAACAGCUUCUCUUAUUUUGUUUUGGUUUUUUUUGUUCAAUAAACUGGCUUGCUUUGCUUCUUCCUGCCGUUUUCUCUACCCUAUGUUACCUUACAAAUAUGUAGAUAGUCUAAAACGCCGAAGCCAAAUGAGGGAUUGCCUUAUAGGCAGCAAUAAUUUUGAUAAUUUCUUAUGUAUGAAGCAUUCCAUAUUUAAUAUUUCUAUUUAUAAACAAAUAAAUAUCACAUUUUGUACAACCUAAAA